AUGGAUGAUAAUAGGAUACAAGGUGACACAUACAAAUCUUACGCGAAGGAGAAGAGGAAGGCCGAGACAGAGAUGGACGGACAAUGUAAGACGGGUGGCAGAGGACAACUGGACAAAAUCUACAAGGGAUCGAGAAUUGUUUAUUUAAGCAAUAUAUACUAUUUUGACAUUAUAAUAAUACUUUUAACAAUUCUUCUUAAAUAUAUUUUGACAAAAAACCAUGAUUACUGGAAGAAAAGAAACGUGCCUUAUUUGGAGCCGUCACUUAUAUUUGGAAACUACAAAGAAGCAAUCCUGCUCAAAAAACAUCAAAGUCAAGUGACAUUUGACAUCUGUAGCAAGUUUCCGAAUGAGCCAUACAUAGGCACUUUCUUCGGCACCGACCCAGCGCUCGUCGUCCUGGACCCGAACCUGCUCAAACUCAUCUUAGCUACAGACUUCUACUACUUCAGUGGCAGAGAAGUAAACGACUAUUCGCAUAAAGAAGUGAUCACCAGGAACGUAUUUUUCACCGGCGGUGACAAGUGGAAAAUACAGCGCCAGAACCUCACUCCCUUAUACUCCUCCAGCAAAAUUAAAGGCAUGUUUUAUUUGAUACAGAACUGCGCUAAACAAUUGGAGGAACUUCUGGAAGAAGAGACGAAAUACUCACAGGACGUAGACGCCAAAGUGUUGCUGGGGAAAUUCACAAUGGACGCCAUCACCAGCUGCGUGUUCGGAAUAAACUCCGACAUUAUGAAAAAAGAAACUUCGAGCACGAAUCCGUUCAGUGUGCUGGGUUCCAAGAUAUUUGAUAGAUCAAAAAUAGCAGGAAUAAAGUUAUAUUUCAGACAAAUGUGGCCCGCGUUGUUUUACGCCUUGAGAUUGUCGAUAUUCGAUCCGAGUAUAAAUGAUUAUUUUGUAAGGAUUUUAAAAGGAGUCUUCGAAUCUCGCAGCAACGCCAAAUCUUCGAGAAACGAUUUCGUAGAUCUUAUACUGACUUGGAAAACCGGUAAAGUGAUAACUAGCGAGAGCAUGAGCAACUUAAAAACUGGUGAAAAGAAGACUUUGACACUCGAAGUGAACGACGAGCUAUUGGCGAGUCAGUGCGUAGCGCUCUUCGGAGCGGGAUUCGAAACAACAUCUACAGUCAUGAGCUUUACUUUGUACGAGAUCGCUAAAAACCCUGAAGUACAGAAGAAAGUGUUAGAAGAAGUUGAUCUUUAUUUCAAGAGGCAUAACGGUGAAAUCGAAUACGAGUGUGUGAAUGAGCUGCCGUAUCUCGUGGCGUGUAUCGAAGAAGCUGUACGCCUGUAUCCAGGGGUACCAGUGAACUCGCGAGAGGUGAUGGAUGACUACACUCUACCGACGGGUCUUCGUUUAAAAAAAGGAGAUCGUAUUCACAUACCAAUGAAUUUUAUUCAGCGGCACCCUCGAUAUUUUUCAGAACCAGAUAAAUUCAACCCAGAGCGAUUUUAUGGGGACGCCAAAAAAAAUAUCACGCCCUUCACCUUCUCGCCUUUCGGAGAAGGUCCCAGAAUAUGCCUUGGUAUGCGGUUUGCUAGGAUGCCGAUGCACGCCGGUCUUCUCGCGGUGUUCAGGAACCAUCGAGUAGAGUUAUCGGAGGACAUGCCCAAAACUAUUCCUAUACUACCGUAUUCGAUAGUCAUCACCCCUUCAAUACCUAUAAAGCUAAAAUUUCUACCACGCAAAGAUUAAAGUAUUCUUAAACUAUUUCUGUAUUUUCUCAUUACAAUGACGACAGACACAGGCACGCUUGAUGGUAACCCAUGAUGUGUAUGUAAGCUUGUUUUCCUGGAGAUUACUUAAAGAUACAUAUAGCGAAAACAAAAGCUGUAAAUGCAAUAUAGAUCUUUGCAAAUUGUAUGAGAAUCAAACCGCAUAAUACAAAUUCUAGAAAUAUCACCAACCUAGCGUUACCUAAAAAUUUUUCCCCAAAAACGGCGAAGAAGAAAUAAUAUCAAAUAGUUCCCGAGCGUACUUCUCUAAAAUAAAUCUUAUAGAUAGCAACAGACAGACAACGUAUAGGCGAUGCUCAAAAAUAAUGUCUCCUUAAAACAUGUACUGAAAUAGAUUGGAAUUUGGCAAAGGACAUUAAUAAAAUUAUUAAAAAAAUUUAUUUAAUAGAAUGAAAUUACAGAUUUUGUAUUGUUAACUAAACAUUUCUUAGAACAAAGCCAUGGCCAUCAAGUAUUUUUUCGACGUAAUAUAUCAAAUUACGGAAUAGGUAUCUACAUAUUUUUAUAAAAUCCGUAGAUUUUAUUCGCAAGGUU